AUGGGCAUGAAAGCACGCUGUCAAUGUUCCAAAAUCGAGUUCACAACAUCAGCAGAUAAACCUCUAGCACUUUAUGCUUGCCACUGCACCGAAUGUCGUCAUCAAAGCUCCUCCGCGUUCGGCAUAACAGCCGUCUUCCCAUACUUCGAGCUUCCGGAAUCCACCUCUGAUCUAGUGGGGAGUUAUACUCGCGUUACUUUGAAGGGAAGGCCUAUGGAAUGCCUUUUCUGUAAAAACUGUGGUGCUCGAAUACUACAUCGCUUUCGUGAUGCGAUGCCUGCGCCUGGUGAACAGUCAAAGCCAACCUCGACUACUAAUGUGAAGGGUGGAUGUCUUGAAGGACUGGAUCAGGAAAUGAUGAAGAGUAUUGUCCAUAUCUGGACUAAGCAUGCGGUUAUUAAGAUUCCUGAAGGGGUGGAACAGUGGGAAGAGGCGCCGCCUUUCGCGAAUCCCUUGGAGCGCCCAUAA